AUGUCCAGUUUCAAACGUUACGUCGAAGUAGGCCGGGUGGUUGUCGUCAACCAAGGUGAAGAUGCCGGUAAAUUGGCCGUCAUCACCGAAAUCAUCGACCACAACAAGGCAAUCAUCGAUGGACCCACCACAGGUGUUGCACGUCAAGCAAUCCGUUACCGUUACGUUUCCUUGACAAAAUUGGUUGCAAAGGGAUUGCCCCGCGCUGCCGGUACUGCCACAGUUAAGAAAGUUCUCGACAAGGAGAACAUUGUACAAAAAUGGACAGAAUCCACAUGGGCAAAGAAACAAGCUGCACGCAAGGCAAAGAGUCAAAUGACUGACUUUGACCGUUUCAGUGUUAUGUUGUUGAAGAAACAACGCAGACGUAUCAUCAACGGACAGAUCAAGAAGGUUAAGGCCUAA